AAAGAUUAUAAUUCUGUCAUGGGACAGCAAUCGGUAUGGACUGACUCCAGUAGUUACUGUAAUAUCUUCCCUUAAAAAAUAACAAAUGCAAAUGAAACAUAUCAGCAGAGAAAACCACAAAUCAAUAUAGCAAAUUAAUAAAACACGUAGAGACAUUCAGUACGGAGGUCAGAGUAGCUACCUGAACCAUCCUGCCAGAUGAGGGAAUUACUCUGUUUCUUACUUAACAUCUAUCAAUAUCUACUAUUACUGAACUAACUCCAGGGUUUUCUGAUCACACAUCCACUUCCUGAUUACAAAGCAGUUCCUUCUGCACUGGCCUGUUCAGUUCAUGAGGUGGACCUGACACGUGUAGCCUAUGGUUGCUGGUCCCGGUGUUUUUUCAUUGCAGUGAGUGGGUAUGCAAGUGUUGCUUCUGUCAGCACAGGAAUACCGUAAACAGCAUUCUAGAAACAGCUAGUGAUGUCCUUGGUUUUGAUCAGAUGCCUGUUUUUCCUGUAGGACUGGCCCACUCAUGGAUGGUUAUAACUUAUAACCUUGGGGCACAUGGCAUCUUCUGUUUGAAAUCUAACAUUCUCUCUCACUUGCAAUGGGUUGUUUGGCAUUCUUUUCAUAGCAUUUCUUCCAUUCCAAUAACCUGGCAGAUAAAUCUUUAACUACUCUAAAGUUAAAGGUCUUUGGCUUAAGAAGCUUAUUGGAUGUUGGCACCAAGGUUUUAAUCUUCUGCCCAUAAACUUCUGAACAGCUGAUCCUAAUAAAGCAUUGUGAGGACUACUGUGAUGUACUAACAGUGCGACACAUGGAUCCCUGGCAUCUAACAUUUUUUCUAUUAAGUUCUUUGUUAUUUGUGCUGACUUUUCUGCUAACCCAUUUGAUUGUGCAUAAGGACUUGGCCUGUGGUGCUUGAGCUGAUAUAUCACAGAGAAUUGCUAAAACAAACUGUAUGUGAGGCUGCCAAUUCUCACAAUAUUUGGUGUUUAGCUUAAAGCACCCAGAAACAAGUGAUUUUGUGAAAAUCUCAGCUGUUUUUUUUUUUUAAAGUAAGUUUCUAGUCCUUUUAGUUGUGGAGAAAAACUUGAAAAUGUGACCUAGAGUGCACCUUCAAAGCUCAAAAAUCAGAUUGCAAAUAAAAUAACCAAACAAACAGUCUACUAAGGACUGUUGUGCCAGCCAGAGUGACCAUGGUUGAUGGCAUUGCACCAGGUAUUGUUUAGUAAGUUCCCAAAUCUGGCUCAGUCCCGUGAAUCCACAAAUCUCCGAGGUGGCCUCGUGGCAGUAGCAAGUUGGGUCAGGGUGUGCACCCCUUUGAAUGUCAAUGGAAAAUUUGAGAGCAUGGUGUGCUAGGGUGUUUUUGUCCAUUCUGGCAACAUGGCUGAAGAGCAUGCAACACUGCUUUUGAAUACAAUGAGCGACUGAAGGAAGGCCAGAAACGUGCAAGAUCGUGACAUUUCGCACAAAGUCAAACCACUUUAUGCUCAGGAUUUGGUGCUGACAGCACAUAUGGAAUGCCUCUAACCACUCCACGUCUCCUGUAAGAGGGUCCAGGUUUCUGACCCGUACUGCAAUACACGUAGUACGUAAGUUUGAUAAAUUCUGAACUUUGUCUUAGCACAAAGACAUUUUUGCAUCCAUAAGCAAGACAUGGACUUCAUUCAGGAGGUGGCAAGAUGUAUUCAUCAAAGAAUGUCCAAUUUUCCACAAUUGUUUGAACUCUCUUUGCAGCCUAGGUAGACGAAUUCAUCAGGGCUCUCCGCUGUACUCAGCCCACCUGCACCAGGUGCUUUGGUCAUCCAGCUCUGAGGUUCUGGGCCUUGGUCUUCUGGCAGGAGAUGUUCAACUCCAUGGUGUGGGCAGCGUCUGGGAGACCUUGGAUGGUGGGACUGAAAUUCUCCACAAGCAAGGCAGCAUCGUUGGAGUGAUCUUGGUUGGUGGCCACUUCUUGACCAAGCUUGAUUCCAACAUGUAGAGCAAGAAGUCCUAAUAUUCAGUAAACAGCUCAACAGAAUAGUGUGGGGUGCAAGAAUGUAUCCCUGCCGCAAACCUGACAUUGUGUAGAAAUGUGGUGAAAGCUAUGAACCAAUAUGCACUCUUGCACCUGUACUCAUGCAUGAGAGAGCAGAAAAGUGGAACACAACUCCUUUCAGUACGAGCCAAAGUGCUGACCUGUUGACUGAAUCAAAAGCUGUAUUGAUAUCGAUACAUGGAAACUGUAUCGACACAUCAACUGGGCAGUUAAAUUCUCAGUGCAGCUCAACUAGAAGACAGAGGGUGUGGACAGUGUCCAUUGUUUACUGCUCUACAGUGAAUCCUGAUUACUGUAGACAAUGAUGUCUGUUAAAGAGCUGCUGCAUCCUACCCAGCAGAAUGUGACCAAAGACCUUUUCAGGGAGUGUGGUUGGCACACUCACUGUCAGAUCCUCUGCCAUUGUACAGGGACAUUAUGAUGCCAUCUUUCCAUUCUGCUAGCAAUUUGAAGCCCACACUUUUAAGAACAGUUGAUGCAGGCAGGCUGAUGCUCACUGGUUCCACAGCACCCUUGAGCAGCUCAAGUGGAAUACCAUCAGGUCCAGCAGCACACCCAUUCCGUUACUUUUAGAUGGUCUUUCGUACUUCCUCGAGUGACAAAGGAUCAGUGUUCAUCCCAAGAUCUGCAGCUAUGUGGUUUGCCAGGUCACAUAGCUCUUGACAGUCGUCAGCAGGUGUGUUGUUCAGCAUGCUAUUCUGUAAUCAGACGGCUCUCCCUGCUUGAGAGACAAGGUCCUGGAGAGAUGGAAAACCCAUUCUAAAAGCAUGAGGAUGUUAGAAGGCUGUUUCUGGGUCCAGUCAGGUACAUGAUAGCUCUGUAGGCAAGAUGCAGAUUGUUGUUCAUUAGGCCAUCCUUUCCUUCUUCAGCUAGGGAACUGAUGUAGAUCUCACAGUUUUGUUUUGCCAUGGCCUGGAAAAUGCCUUUCAGCUGUUUAUGUUCUUAGACAUCUGUCAAAAGGAACCCCAAAUUUAUUAUUUUUCAGAUAUCACAAUUUUAAGUCAAUCUCAUGAUUCCAGCCAUGGAUGGUCAGGUUCUGUAUUCUGUAUUUAUUGUAGAUUCCAACUUCAAUGGCCAGAAUAGGAUAUUUUGGACUCUGUGUUUAUACUUUGCAAAAUCCAGAUGCACACUGUGGAUUAUUCUUAGCAAUUCUGCCCUUGUAAUGGGUAUUAUUAUGAGACAAAGUCCUUUGUACAGAAUCUCAUCAUAUGCAGCAGUUUAUAACCAUAGUCACGGCAUGUUUUUAUGCUGGAGGAACAUGGGCUUUUUCGUUUGGCCAUCAAUCAAGCUGUUGGGAGGUUGCGUCACUUGUGUUUCUUCUCAGAGCUCGUCAAAUUUUGUUUCAGAAAUCGGCAGUGCUUGAGUCAGAUUUCCUUCAAACUCCUAUUCCUGCAGUGCUGACUUUCACUAUUUAUGGAAACUCUUAAAAACAUGUCUGUUGUAAUAAGCUCCCUCUCUGAACUAAGUUUCUCAUUUAACAAGUACAAUAGACCUUCAGAAUUACAAACACUUCAGGAAUGGAGGCUAUUGGUAACUGAAAUGUUCGUAACUGAACAAAACAUUACGGUGGUUCUAUCAAAAGUUUACACCUGAACACUGACUUAAUACCGCUUUCAAACUUUACUAUGCAGAAGAAAAAUGCUGGUUUUAACCAUCUUAAUUUAAAUGAAACAAGCUGAGAAAGUUUCCUUUGCCAAUUUUUAACCCCUCCCCUUUUUUUUUUUUAAAAAAAAAAGUAGUUUACAUUUAAUACAGUACUGUACUGUAUUUGCCUUUUUUUGGUCUCUGCUGCUACCUGAUUGCAUACUUCUGGUUCCAAAUAAGAUGUGUGGUUGACUGGUCACUUUGUAAUUCUGUUCGUAACUCUGAGGUGCUAUGGACUUGUGCAAUUUCACUAUCGGUCCUUGAAGUCAUUGGGGUUCUUUGCACAAUGGUUUUCUGGAAAUAAGACCUACAUUUUUAACAGUGAGGACAAUUUACCAGGAACAAUUUACCAGGGGCUGUGGUGGAUUCUCCAUCACUGACCAUUUUUAAAUAAAGAUUGGAUGUUUUACAAAAAGAUCUUGCCUAGGAACUAUUUUGGAUAAGUUCUAUUGAGCUGAUCACAACUGGCUCUUCUAUGAAACUACUAACAGAGGCUUCCAAUCUGUUUCUACCAUAACUGAUUUCUACUUGUAAAUGCAUUUAUGAAACUGUUCACAAUCAGAAACAAGCGCCAGCACCUCUCUUUCAAUCUGAGCCCAGUUCAGCAGUUUUCACCAGAGCUUGGGAAGCACAUGCCACUGGACAAUCAUUUUGCAGACGAGCAGCUCCCCUAACCUACAUGACCUUGCACUGGUGAGUCCUGAUUAGGCUCUCCGUUAAUCCCAAAAUAUUCCAGUUCUGGGACUCUUGUGGUAACUUCCGUUCAAAGUCUUAAGAAGCUUUCCUCUUGCCAGUCACCCCAGCACCCGCCACGUGCCGCAGGGCGAAGGGUUUCUCGCCGUUCUCUGCACUGCCACUUGCUUCGCAGACUCACUGCCCGUCAGGUUCCCUUCUAGACGGCGGGAUUCGGGGGCCGUGAUCUUGCUGCAUUUUUGGUCCCCUCUGGCUGCCCCAGGACACAGGUAACGGGGCCAAGAGCAGGCGCAGGGGUCGGGGGGAGACUUUGUUCCCGAGCCCCAGCCCCAGCCCCAGCCCCAGGGCAGGGAUCGGUUCAAAGCCCUCAUUCCCCCCCCCCUCGCCCCAUGCCACGGGUCACACACAAGGCUUCGUCCCGUCCCAUAGGCCCAGCGCGGGCCCAGGGCGCCUCUGAGCGGGGCUCAGGCAGCCCGCCACAGGCCAGGCCCAGGCUACGAGCCACCAGCACCGGGACGGGCCCCCGGGGAAAGGGCGGGCCGCCGCCUCCCUCAGUCUAACGCAGCCCCUCAGGCUGGGGGAGGGGGGCGGGCGCCCUUAGGCCUCCCCGCGCCUGCGCCACGCUGACAACAUCUUUUCCCCGGUCGCGCGCCACCCGCACACCGCUACGCUGGAUCGCCGACGCGUGCCAAUCAGCUCCGACGUCUUUGCUGUGAACGCCAAUCAGAGGCCGGGGGCGGGACUUCCUCGCGCCACGCCCGCUGCGCGGCGGCGGUCGGGGGAGGAGAGGCGCGGGGGAGGGAAGAAGGGGGUAGCGCGGCCUCGCCCAAGGCUCCGCCCCCGCCCUCCGCGAACGCGCGCGGCCCCGCUUCCCACGCCGGCACAGAGAGUGCUUGCGUCACCUCGCGCUCUGCGUCCGGCGGCGGCGCGCGCCGCUUUCUUGCCCGGCUCGGGGGAGCACGAGCUUAGGGCCCCGCCCCUCCGCGGCCUGGGCUUUGCGUCGGCCCCGCACAGGGCAGCGGCGCGCACGUCGCCCUGCCCCUCGCCUCGCGGCCUGUGCGUUUAACGAGCGGCGCGCGCAGCCUCAGGAGACCCGCCGCCGCCGCCGCCGCCGCCUUCCUGGGACUGGGAGUCAGCGGGCGCCGGAGCCGGGGCCGGGGCCGGGGCCGGGCGCGGAGGGAAUGCGGCCAGGGGCAGCCGUCGGAGCAGCGUCCCCGUGAGCAGCGCGGGAGCCGCCGCCGCCGCCGCCUGCCCGGCCUGAGAGCGCAAGGAGCGUCCGCCCGCCGCCGCGCCGCGCAGGGCAGGGGAGCCCCGCCAGGGAAGCCAUUUUGUGCCGCCCCGCUCCCCCGCCGGGCCGCCGCCGCCCUGCCGGGUCGCCCCGGCUCCCUGCUGCGCAGGCCCGCGGGGCCCUAGAGUGAGAGCGGCCCAGGCAGGGACGGGGGAGCCCGCAGCGGGCGGCGGCCGCGCUCCCCAUGGCGAAGAAAACGUACGACCUGCUCUUCAAGCUGCUGCUGAUCGGGGACUCCGGGGUCGGCAAGACCUGCGUGCUCUUCCGCUUCUCCGACGAUGCCUUCAACACCACCUUCAUCUCCACCAUCGGCAUAGACUUCAAGAUCAAAACAGUUGAAUUACAAGGAAAGAAGAUCAAGCUUCAGAUAUGGGACACAGCAGGACAGGAGCGAUUUCACACCAUCACCACCUCUUACUACAGAGGCGCCAUGGGAAUUAUGCUAGUGUAUGACAUCACUAAUGGCAAAAGCUUUGAAAACAUCAGCAAAUGGCUCAGAAACAUAGAUGAGCAUGCCAAUGAAGAUGUGGAGAGGAUGCUGUUAGGAAACAAGUGUGACAUGGAAGAUAAGAGAGUUGUACUUAAAGCAAAAGGAGAACAGAUUGCGAGGGAGCAUGGUAUUAGGUUUUUCGAAACUAGUGCAAAAGCAAAUAUAAACAUUGAGAAGGCAUUCCUCACAUUAGCAGAAGACAUUCUUCGAAAGACCCCUGUAAAAGAGCCCAACAGUGAAAAUGUAGAUAUCAGCAGUGGAGGAGGGGUGACAGGCUGGAAGAACAAGUGUUGCUGAACGUUCUCCUAGAUCACCAAUCGCCAUCCACCACCCCCUUUUUGUUUUUCUCGCUGCAAAAUAAACCACUCUGCCCACUUUUAACCUUAAAUGAAUGUUUUUGUUCCUCAUCUUAACAAUGCUCCAGCCUCCCUUUGUUCUUCCAUUUAGGACAGCUUGCUGACUAUAAUUUUCUCAACAAAAUGUAUAGAAAAAUCAUGUCUGUGACCUUUUUUUAAUGUAUCUGCUCAACUCACCACUACAUUUUGGUUGUAUUAUAGUCCCAUUCUUGACAUUAAAACUUAUAGCAAUCAUUUCAACUCUAUUCUGCAAAUUGUAUAAGAAUAAAAGUUAGAAUUAACACUUUAA